CCCAGACUUGUCACGUGAUUUAAUUAAACCCCAAAAUGGCAACUGCGAUGUAUCUCGAACACUAUUUAGAUAGUUUGGAGUCCUUACCGAGUGAACUCCAAAGAAACUUUAAUUUAAUGAGAGAUUUGGAUCAAAGGGCACAAGAUCUGAUGAAGGAAAUAGAUAAGAUGGCUGUGGACUAUCUUGGAAAUGUCAGAGGACUGUCACCAGAAAAACGCACAGAACAAUUAGAUUCUAUAGAAAAAAUGUUCUCUAAAAGUAAAGAAUUUGGUGAUGACAAAGUACAGUUAGCCAUGCAGACAUAUGAAAUGGUUGACAAACAUAUACGAAAGCUAGAUGCUGACCUUGCUAGGUUUGAAGCAGAUUUGAAAGAAAAAAGUUCAUCAUCUAGUCAACAGAAAGGCGAUUCAGAUUCAGGCAAAAAACUCAAAGGAAAAGAAAAGAAAAAGAGGAAAUCGAUGAAAGAAGAAUUUGAAGAUGAAAUUCCUCGGAAAAAGAAAAAGAAAGGGGCACCAUUAUCUCCUGAACCUGAAGCAGCACCCAUUACAGUCCCACUUUUAUCCAUAACACACCCUUCAGAUGUAUUAGAUAUGCCUGUAGAUCCAAAUGAACCUACAUACUGUCUGUGUCACCAGGUUUCCUACGGUGAAAUGAUUGGCUGUGAUAAUGCUGAUUGUCCAAUUGAAUGGUUUCAUUUUGCUUGUGUUGGACUAACAAUCAAACCUAAGGGUAAAUGGUUUUGUCCCAGAUGUUCAGAAGAGCGGAAAAAGAAAUAAAGCAACACAGAUUAGGAGGAGAAGAAAGUGCUUGUUUUUAUUUGUAAAACACAUCAUCGGUGCAUUUAUUGUUUAUUAUCAUUUGUUUUAUAGUAAACUAAUAAGGAGAAAAUUUUAAUUAACAAUCAGUUUAUUUACCAUGUGGUUUGUGGUAUUCUUAAUUUUUUUUCUCAUAAAAGUAUAUAUCUUUCCAUAACAAUCAUGACAAAUUUUGACAUGAAAUAAAAUUGUAUCAUUUUACAGAUUUCCUCAUUGGCAGUUGGGAACCAUUUUUGUUGAAAUAUCAUUUAAAAUUUAUUUGUGCCUUAUUUUUAACCUACAAUCUUUUUUUCUUUUCUGUUCAUUUGAUUUUAUAUAAAAAAAACAUCUUUAAAGUUUGACAUUAUAAACAUGGUAAAACACUUUAAAAAAGAAAUUUUAAUUAUAUAAUAGUUGAAACUAUUCUUCCAGUUAAAGGAAUUUUCAAUUCUUACUCUUGAAAAUUUUAAGUAAAUUUAAAAAUGCAUUUGAUGCAUCAAUAGAAAAAGUUCCUUGAUUUAUGAGUUCUAUGCUGUGAUUUUUUUCAUUUCUUUUAAAGAAACUUCAGGUUUUACUGAAGAAAAUUAAUCGUUUAGUAUUUACAUGUAUCACCACUGUUUUUCGUAUUAUUGCAUCUGAAUUGGAAGAAAGAUAUAUUUAUCAGUUGAGAAGGAAACGUGGCAUCAUAAUAUCAACACAUUUUAAUAAGUAUUAAUGUAUUUUUUUCAUCAUAAUUUAAGGCAAAGUAUACGUAAUUGGACAAUAAUUCAGAUAAAGAUGAAAUUUUGUAUGCAAAUAGAACUCGCUGAAUGCCACCUGACUAUCAAAAAUGUCAAACUAAAAACUAAUUAUUAGCACUUUAAGAGAUAUAAUCAAUUAAAUAUUUAAAUGUAAAGAAAAAAUGUGAAAAGCAACGAAUAGGUUUUUUUUUUAACUAUAAAUUGUAAUUUUUGAAAAAAAAUUGUCCACAGUUGAAUUCUUGCCUAUUUUUUAUUUAAAUUUGAAAAUGGGUAAAAAUUGAAAGGAAAAAACUUUGAUUUUUAAUUAAUAUAAGAACUUAAAAAAAGUAAAAUAUAAGCAUCCUUUGUUUUUCAAUGUUCAGGAUUUAUUUUUCCCUUUUCCUGUAGCAUAUUAAUUUGUAAAGCAAGAUAAUCAAAUUAUUAGUGCCAUAUUGUAUUUUCUUUGUUAAUCCAUGGAAAACUAAAUCACACAUAGGCUAACCAUAAUAUUUGAUUUUUAGGUAGUUAAACGCUUUUGGCUAUACCUUGGAAAAAACUGAAUAUAAAUAAACUGUAAAAAUUGUAUUGUAAAUCUAUUUAUUUUCAUAAUAUUUGAUUUUUUAUGCUCCGCAUAGGAUAGUAAAAGGCAUAUUGUUUUCUGCUCUGUGUUACCAUCCUGUAUCACUCGAAAGUUUUGGUAUGAAGUUGUUGUCACAUCUACUUGAAACUUAGUACAUAUGUUUAUUAUCAUUUGAACUUUCAGAAAUAUAUGUCAAAUUAGAACUUUUAACAAGAUUUAAUGAUGCUUUGAACAUUGAAAUGUGAUAGUGUGAGUCGUGCAUAUUGGCUAAUGGACACACACUCCUGUUUCAAUACAUAAGUGUAUCCAAAACAUUUUAACAAAAUUUAAAACAUCAUGAAAAUAACUAUUUAUAACAUUUCAUAUGACUCCUCUCUAAAAAUUUUGUCCUCAAGUUCACAUCAUUUAAACAAAAGCACCUCAGUGUUGUUGUUAUAUGGGAAUGCAGCAAUUUGUCUGUUAUAGUCCCCAGUGGUUUGCAUUGUUAUCAUUGUAGCUAGAUGAUGGAAAUCUUUUUUCUCCAAAGUAUAUUAGUGACCUAUAGCUGCAUAGCUUUGUUUAUAAGAAAUCUCAUUUUGUCUUCAUGUGAUACAUUGUUGUUUAUUUUAUUUAGUGACAUUUGUACAUUGCAUUGUGGGUAAGAAAGUAUAAAGAGUAUGCAUUAUUGUGAAAAUGUGUAGUUUUGAAAGUUACCCAAGUUUGUUUAUACUUCCAGAAAGAAAGAAAAAAUGAUUGAAAAAGUAAACACAAGUUCUGUUAACAAUUGGUAGCAUUUUUUGUCCUUUUUCUUUUACGUAUCAUUCUCUGUAAUCAAUUACACUAAUCUGUAGAUGAUUUAAAAUUUAUUGAGAAAUUUAAUUGUUUUUUUGCUAAAUUAUUUAACUGUUUGUCAGAGAUGUAAAUGUUAUUAAUGAUAUGCGAAUGAUCUAGUUGUUGUUGAAGAAAGUAGAAUUGAAAAUGCAUAGCAAUGAAUGCAUGCGCUACAUAAAUUGUUUUUGAUUACAGUUUUGUAACAGCUUUUUGUAGGUUUUUGCAUUGACAUUGCUUGCAUGAAAUUAGAAUUUAUUUAUGUCAUUACAAAGCAACUGGAAGAAGUAAAUAGAAAAGAUUUUGAAUUUGAAAAGAUCAGAAAUAAUGUGGCGUAACAGUUGUGAAGCUAAUAUUCAUGUAUUCUUAAGGAAAAUAAAAAAAUUCUGAAUUUAAUGUAUAUAUUUUUAAAAAGAUAUCAAAAACAUUGAGUUAUUUUCAUAAUAUUAGGCUAACUCUUUAAGACAUUUAUAGUAAUUUUUUUUGAUUGGAAUAAAUUUGUGAUCCAAAUAUAUUUAAAAGUAAGAUACUUAUCACAAAAUCAUUUUUGUCACAGCAUUUGGCCUGAUUCUCUUAAAUUAAAACCCAUUUAUAAAUAACGUGGAUUAAGUAGUAUUUUUUUGUUAUUCAAAGUGCAUAUUUAUAACAUUGUAAGGUAAAAGCUUAAAUGAAAUAAUAAACUUUUGUGACAGUUUGUUAUAUUUAAUCAUUUAAGCUGUUAAAAUGUUGAUUCAGACUUAUCAUGAUACAAAUUUAUAAGAAGUAUAUUCUAAGUUGGGUAUAGAAAAUAGUGUUCAAAGUUAUUAUAGCAUUCUCAAAUUCUUGAAUUUGAUAUUCCACAAUCAAAAUAUUUUUUGUCAGUAUAUUCAAAAUGCUUCAAUAGUAGAUUUUUACAGUCUUUUCUUAGAUGUUUCACAAAUUUUCUUUAGUGCUUUAUAUUUUAUUUGACAGGUAGGAAUCAGAGGAGUGUUACCUUCUAUUUGUACAGUAGAAACUUCUCUCAAUAUUAAAUUCAAAUUUUUAGUCAUCUCUUGCAUUAUGUUUGAAUUGGUAGUCUGUUUAAGUGAAUGGAAGUAAUUAAUGUGUAUGUAUAAGUGGGAGAGAUGAUUUGUAUAAAUGAUUUUAGAUAUUUCAUAUAGCAGUGUGUACUUCAUUGGUGACAAAUCUUUUGGAUUGUGAUUUUUCUCAAAAUUAGACAUGAUGGUACCCAAUAAAUACAAGUAUUACUGUAAAUUCAGGACCUUUUAUGAAUGUUUUGAAUACUGCACACAAUGAAAAGAGAUAGAUAUUGCAGAAAAUAAAACUUACCUGUUAAAUACAUGUAGGAUUGUUAAUUGUCUACGACGAUGACAUACAUUGUAUGUUAGAAAUAGGUUAGACUGGGAUCCUGUCUCACUGCUACUAACAAGAUGCAGAUAUUGCUCUAGAAUCCCAAGCUAGAAACAGCUGAUCCUAAAUGUUUCAAACUAAUUCUAUCAGAAAGACAAAAAAAGCUGGACAAACUUAUUGUAAUGGACUGUUUGCAUAGGUUAAACCCCUUUCAUUGGGUAGAAUUAUUUUAGGAAGUAUUUCCUAAAAUUUAUUGUUUUAGCGUCGGUUUGAAUGCAGGAAGCAUACACCUUUUUCCACCUUAAUGCAUGCAAUACUUUCUGAAUUUACAUUUCAUUCACAGUAUUCAAAAACCCUUAAUGACUGUUAGUACAUUUCUAUUAUCAGUAUGGUUGUUUCUUUUUGAUUUUUCGAUAUUUAUCUUCAAGUCAGCAGUAAUAUCUACAUUAGAAAUACACGCCCCUUAAUAUUUAUAUUGUUAGUUAUUUGCCUGAAUGGGAUAUUUAUAGAUGCAGCAUGUUUAAGGAUGUAGGAAGUACACCACUAAUUCAUGGCCCCAUUGCUUUCUAUGUUAAAAUCCUCGAUUUCAAGCAGGCACAGCUCUUUUGUCUUAAGUUCAAAUAAAUUGACAAUCAUUGGAUGUCAAAACAACACCUUAUGGUGUCUUGUACUGAAAAAAUCAACAUACCUUUAAUGACAUAUAAGAGAGAACUGGUUCCCGGAACUUUAGAUGUACCAAAACAGGUACUUCAGAUCUGACAAACAGGCAAAAUGUACCCUGCUUUUUAAAUUUCAAGCAAUUUUUUUAUUAUUCAAAACUAUAAGUCAAAAAGUGUUCUACAAAGACCACUAGUCAUCAAGCUUUCAUUUGAUACCAAAAUUACCAAAAUAUUCUACAUAUUUUGAAAGUUACACCCAUGCGUAGGAAGUAUUUUGUGUGAAAUAUGUACUACUUUCUGGUAUGUGCUUUCUGACAGGGCCCGAAUUAGUGGUGUUACACCUGUAGACCUAAGUUAAGGGACAUAACUCUUUAUAAUCACUGGUAUGCUUUUGUCAAUCAGUUUCAUUCGUAUAUGUCUAAGCUUCUAUGAAACACAGAUUUUAAAAAUACUGUAUCAUAGGGAAGCUUAAGGAGUUAUACCACCAUUGAAUUUUCCCCUAUUAAGUCUUUGUUAAAUUGGCAUUUUUCCAAAAAUUGUGCAGAAUUUAUUUCAAAUAGAACAAUACUUGGCAUGAAUAAAGAUUUAUCCUUUCCAAUACUGUAUUAAAAAUUUCACAGAACAUUUCAUUGCAUGUAAGAAAAUAACCAUCACCAUAAGUAAACCAAUCAACUUUUCAUCACUGUUAUUCCUGUUUACAAGCAUUAGUAAUCAUGUCACCUCAAGUUUCCAAAAUAUUUUAUUGGAACA